GCGCCGGCGCCACAGCUGAUGCAUUCAUCCAUUCUGCACCGUGGAGGAGAGCCAUAAACAUAAGUCAGCACCAUGUCCAGACGCAGUGUUCGCCUCACCAGGGAUUCCAGCACAGUUGAACCAUCAGUCAGAGAACCACUAAAGAAAAGAAAGCCAGAGAACUCUAAUAAGAAGCUGCAACCUGCGCCAAAGAAACAGAGCUAUGAAAUACAGAAGUGCUGGUCGGAGGAUGGUUCCAGUCCCUGCAUUCUCAUCGAAACUCCCCACAAAGAGCUGGAGCUCUCGGACCCAUCCAGCUUCAAGCAGUACCGAUUCAAGAACCUCUUCAUCAAGGCCUCCCCCAUCCCUCGCCUGAGCUGGGCGAGCUCGGAUGAUGUGUGGAUUAAAAUGCUCAACAAGGAGUUGAAGUACGUUCAUGACAAGAGCUACUUGCAGCGGCAUCCCAAACUGCAGCCCAAGAUGAGGGCGAUUCUGUUGGACUGGCUGCUGGAGGUGAGUGAGGUCUACAGCCUCCACAGACAGACGGCCUACCUGGCCCAGGACUACUUCGACCGCUUCAUGCUGACCCAGCAGAACGUCGACAAAGAUUACCUGCAGCUCAUCGGCAUCUCGGCCCUCUUCAUCGCCUCCAAGAUCGAAGAAAUUUAUCCCCCUAAAAUGUUCGAGUUCGCCUACGUCACAGACGGCGCCUGUGACGUGUUGGACAUCCAGCGCACAGAGCUUCAUAUAUUAACGGCGCUGGACUGGAACCUGUGUCCAGAGACUCCCAUCUCCUGGCUGAAGCUCUACGUUCAGGUGGAAGCCCAGAAAGAUGGAGAGAACUUCCUAGAGCCGCAGUUUUCUCAGGAAACCUACAUCCAGAUCACACAGCUGUUGGAUUUGUGUAUGAUGGACAUCGCUUCACUGGACUACAGCUAUAGUGUUCUCGCUGCUGCCGCCUUCUGCCACUUCUCUACUUUUGACGUUGUUCAUAAGGUCUCCGGCCUCACCUGGGAGAGCGUGGUCCCCUGUUAUCAGUGGAUGAGUCCCUUCAUGGAGACGCUGCGCUCUGAAGCCAAACCCCAACUCAAGAACUUCCCCAAAGUCAAAGCUGAUGACAGACACAACAUCCAGACACACGUGGCUUAUCUGGACCUGCUGAGAAAAGCUCAGGAGCGUCGGGUCGAAAGCCCCGAAUGUCAGCUGUCGCCUGUUGCCGUGGGAAAGCUGCUGACCCCGCCCAGCAGCACAGAGAAGUCAGCCAAUCCCUGAGCGGCAUCCAGCAGCAGGACACA